AUGGCCUCAUCAUACGCUUCCUCUUCUAAACUCAAAAGAAGAAACUCCCAACCGGAUAAACUUGUUGAUAGGGACCAAAUUGAGGACUAUGGUCAAAUGUCAAAAAGUACUGGUUCUGUAAACACGAAUUAUCAGGAAUCAGUCCACUAUGACAGUAAUGCCACAGUCUUUUCUUCUUCUGCCGCUGCUACUACUACUACAUCCUCUUCCGGUAAAAGUAACUCCCCAGGACACUUGCCUGGUCAACAAGACUAUGCAGAAAAGUGCCAAGCUGUUCAGGGUCUUGUGACUGGUUCCAAAACAGUCUUGGAAAAUCUCCUUGAAACUAACAAUAAACGUUUUGUUGUUCAAUAUCCCUGUGCAAAUGCAAACCGUAGAUUGGAGCGCACCCAUUCGUUUCCUGGAAAAGCUCCUGCUCAACGUGUUCAUAAGCGUACCAAUAGCCUUACCGGCGCUGAUAAACGGCCACAGGUUAUAUCAAAUUUUCAACAAGAAAUACAACACCGACUUCUUAACCUUGAAGAUACUCAUUUGAGUAUCAACGUGCUUAAAUUAGAUAUGAAAUCAGCUGAAAUGUCAGCCAUCAAAAAAGACUCGAUUGCUGAGCUGCUUAACGUACAAAUCGGCAAAACUUUAAAUCAUCUGGCAAAUCUGAGCGCACGAAUAGCUGAUAAAAGUUCAAAAGUAUUGGUCGCCGGUGAUCUAAAUGCCGGGAAAAGUACCUUUGUCAAUGCUCUCCUCCGAAAAAGUGUUUUACCAGUUGAUCAACAACCUUGCACUACUUUAUUCUGUGAAGUCUUGGAUGCUCGAGAGAAUGGAGGAAGAGAAGCGGUGCAUGGUGUUAAAGAUAAAAAAGCGUACAAUGUCAACGAUCCAACCACGUAUACUGUUAUCGAAUUUGAGCAUUUAGAGAGAGUCAUGUCGGAUAAUACAGAAGAAUACGCUCUUUUGAAGAUAUAUUGUCGAGAUAAUCGACUUUCUCAUGAAAGUUUAUUACAUAAUGGUGUUGUGGAUAUUGCAUUGAUCGAUUGUCCUGGUUUGAAUUCUGAUUCGCUGAAGACGAUGGCCGUAUUUGCGAGACAGGAAGAAAUUGAUGUUAUAGUAUUCGUCGUCAGUGCCGAAAAUCACUUUACAUUAUCG